CAAAGAUUCAACUGUUGCAAUUCAAAUGCGUCCUCACACUGUCAAUUUGCAACUAAAUGUUCAUCGCCUCGUCUCGUAUGAUGUAAGGACACAGAAAACGAGGUAUCAUGGAUUUCAUCACCCCGGCCCGACACAGACGGUGGCUAUUUGGCUCAUUAUUAUAAAGAGAGAUUAGUGACAACUAAAGGAGGGAAUAGAGAGCUAGACCCUUGCAGUUUAGCUGACAUAUAUUGGUACAAUUUGGAAUUUAUCAUAUAUAUAUACAUACACACACAUUGUCCAUUGGCUUUUCUCUCUCGUUCUCCUACUUGACCUUUUUACUGUUCACAAGAGUUCGCAUAAUCCAAAAAUGUAGAAAAGAAAAAACAAGAAAUAAAAAGUUGUUGACAUUUAAGUGCAAAAAUAUAGGUAGAGGUAAUAAUAUCACAAGAGUAACUCAAUAAAAUAUUCAACCAAUGGAAGAAUCUACAGCUGAAAUCAAGACUCCUCUUUUAUCCAAUCUUGAUCAUCAUGGCAAUAUUGCAUCAAGUUCAGAAUCGAAAGUCAACUAUGUAGAAGAGAUAGAAGAAGAAAAUUCACCUGUUGAACAAGUGGCUGUUACAGUUCCAAUAACAGAUGAUCCUUCCUUACCAGUUCUCACAUUUCGAAUGUGGUUUUUAGGGACACUUUCAUGUGCUCUUUUAUCAUUUUUGAACCAAUUUUUUUGGUACAGAACUGAGCCAUUAACAAUUACAGCAAUUUCAGCUCAAAUUGCUGUGGUUCCUUUGGGUCAACUCAUGGCUGCAAAGAUAACAAAGAGGGUAUUCUUUCAAGGUUCUAAAUGGGAAUUCACUUUGAAUCCAGGACCUUUUAAUGUCAAAGAACAUGUUCUCAUCACCAUUUUUGCAAACUCUGGUGCUGGCAGUGUUGAGGCAAUUCAUCUUGUCACUGCUGUUAAAGUCUUCUAUAAGAAAGACAUCACUUUCUUUGUUUCUCUUAUCGUCGUUAUCACUACACAGGUGCUCGGGUUUGGAUGGGCUGGAAUUUUCAGAAAGUACUUGGUUGAGCCAGCAGCUAUGUGGUGGCCUGCCAAUCUUGUUCAAGUCUCAUUAUUCAGGGCAUUACACGAGAAAGAAGAACGUCCAAAGGGAGGGCUAACGCGUACUCAGUUCUUCAUAGUAGCCUUCAUCUGCAGUUUCGCGUACUAUGUUUUCCCAGGCUAUCUCUUCUCAAUGUUGACAUCUUUGUCAUGGAUAUGUUGGAUCUUUCCCAAAUCAGUGCUAGCCCAGCAACUCGGUUCGGGGCUAAAGGGGCUCGGCAUUGGAGCUAUAGGACUCGACUGGUCCUCAGUUUCGUCUUACCUUGGAAGCCCAUUAGCUAGCCCAUGGUUUGCUACAGCUAAUGUUGCUGUUGGAUUCAUAUUUAUUGUGUAUGUCUUGACUCCAAUAUGUUACUGGCUAGAUGUCUUCAAAGCCAAAACAUUCCCUAUUUUCUCUACCGGAUUGUUCACUUCCAAUGGCCAAGUUUACAGCAUAUCAAGUAUCAUUGACUCUAAUUUCCACCUUGACAUUGCUGCUUACGAGCGACAAGGACAUCUUUAUCUUAGUACUUUUUUCGUGAUAAGUUAUGGAGUUGGCUUCGCUGCUCUCAGUGCUACUGCCAUGCACGUUCUCUUGUUUCACGGAAGGGAGAUAUGGGAGCAGAGAAAAUCAAGCUUCCAAGAUAAGAAAAUGGACAUACACACUAAACUAAUGAGCAAGUAUAACCAAGUACCUGAGUGGUGGUUUUGGUGCAUUCUUGUCUCGAACAUUUCACUCACCGUCUUUGCCUGUGAAUAUUACAACGAGCAACUUCAGUUACCUUGGUGGGGAGUUAUUCUAGCUUGUGUUAUUGCCAUUUUCUUUACCCUUCCUAUAGGGAUCAUCACCGCCAUUACCAACCAGGUAAAUAUGCUUGGACUUGGACAUACAGCUAUGGUUUUGUGUAUGAUGCUAGUUACGAAGCCAGAAAUUCUAAAGAAAAAUAAAACAGUUCUCAUACCAAGGAGAUUCAACAAAUUAUAUACACCGGGGUUGAAUAUUAUCACGGAGUAUAUCAUAGGAUAUCUUUAUCCAGGAUAUCCGGUCGCCAACAUGUGCUUCAAGGUAUGUGGUUACAUUAGUAUGAACCAAGCUAUAACUUUCCUCCAAGACUUCAAGCUCGGCCAUUACAUGAAAAUUCCUCCAAGAACAAUGUUUAUGGCUCAGAUAGUAGGGGCUCUAAUAGCAGGAUUCGUGUAUUUGGGAACAGCGUGGUGGUUAAUGGAAACAAUACCAGACAUAUGCAACAAAACAUUGUCCAACACUGUGUGGACUUGUCCUUUGGAUAAUGUGUUCUACGAUGCAUCAGUGAUUUGGGGUUUGAUUGCACCAAGAAGGAUUUUCGGAGAUUUAGGACUUUACGGGAUGGUUAACUGGUUCUUCUUAUUUGGUGCGAUAGCGCCAGUACUUGUGUGGUUAGCAGCGAGGGCUUUCCCUAAGCAAGAAUGGAUCAAACUCAUCAACAUGCCAGUUUUAAUAGGAGCCACAGGGAUGAUGCCACCUGCCACGGCUGUGAACUACACGACCUGGAUCAUCGUAGGGUUCUUGUCGGGCUUUGUGGUUUAUCGAUAUAGGCCAGAUUGGUGGCAGCGUCAUAACUACGUUCUUUCGGGUGCACUUGAUGCUGGUUUGGCAUUUAUGGCAGUUCUUAUAUAUUUGUGCUUGGGCUUGGAGAACGUAACAGUUAACUGGUGGGGAAAUGAUCUUGAUGGAUGUCCUUAUGCUUCCUGUCCAACAGCUAGAGGGAUUUUUAAAGAGGGUUGCCCUGUUGUUUUGUGAAGAAGAAGAACCACAAAUACUCCAUAAGAAUCCCUUGGUACAGCUUAUCCGAAUGUAUCUUAUUACCGGCUUCUAACACACUCCUUUUUGCAGCCACACGCUCUCGCCUGUUCUCCUGUGACAUUAGGACCCAGAAGACGAUGUCAUCUGGCCCUGGGGAGAUACUACACACAUGGUGGUUGUUCAGUUCAUUAGUAUAAGUAGAGAUCAGUGACAGUUAAAGAGGGAAUAGAGAGCUGGGACCUUGCAAUUUAUCUGACAUAUUUGACUCCGCGAUUAUGCUUUGAACAAAAGUUGUUAGUAUUGCUGUGGCGUUGGUUUGAACAAAAGUUGAGAUAUAAUCUCCUUUUAAUUAAAUAUUUGUUCUAUUUGUG